AUGAGCCAAGGGCCGAAGCAGCUUCAGAGGCUUCAGGGGCCGAAGCAGCUUCAGGGGCCGAAGCAGCUUCAGAGGCUUCAGAGGCCGAGGCAGCUUCAGAGGCUUCGGGGGCCGAAGCAGCUUCAGCCCUGCGACAAGCUCAGUGCUCUUAAAGAGGCCGAGCGCACCACAUUGGGCUUCUGCAUGAAGACGUUCCGCCCGUACUCAGAAGAGAGCCACUACUACCUCCGCCUACCAGGAGAGCUGCUGAUGGCGAGCCUUAAGACUGUCUCUCUUCCUCUUAUGGUGACGAGUGUCAUUUUAGGAACAGUAAACCUGAGAGCGCCCAUGAAGAUCGCUCUGCGUGCGGCCUUCAUCUUUGUCCUCACGACAGUUGUCGCUGUGCUGAUAGGGUUGAUGCUGGUUCUGGUGAUCAAGCCUGGGGCGGCUUACACCGAGGACCAAGACGAUCAGCAGGCGGAGGUAGAGUUCACCUUCAGGGACUUCUUCAUGGAUCUCAAUGACACUGUUGUGCAACUGGAGGGUCACUAUGUGGACGGCACCAACACGCUGGGCCUGAUCGUGUCCGCCCUUUUGACUGGAGUGGCCCUGAAGAGCAUGGGGGAAAGUGGCCAGGUCAUCGUGGACCACAUGAAGACCGUCAACGUGCUGUGCAAAGAAGUGGUCAAAUUAAUCAAGUGGUUCUGGCCAUUUGGAUUGAGCUCCAUAAUUGCCAGCAAUAUCUUUGCGGUGUACGAUCUGGAGACCAUCCAUAAACUGGGAGAGUUUGUGUUGGUGGUUUUUGUCGGACUCCUCAUCCACGGGUGCGUCGCUCUCCCGGCCUUGUACUGCCUCCUGGUGAGAUGCAACCCGUGGCAUUGCAUCAAGGGCGUUCACCUUGCCUUAUUGACUGCUCUGAUGAGCUCCUCCAGCUCGGCCACGGCGCCCGUCACUCUGCGAUGCUGUGAGGAGGGAAACGACGUGGACCCGCGAGUCGCCCGCUUCUUGUUGCCCAUCGCGACCACCGUCAACAAGGACGGGUCGGCCCUUUACGACGUGGUCGCCGUCGUGUUCCUCGCCCAGCUCAGCGGCAUCGAACUGAGCUUGAGCAGGAUCAUUGAAAUCAGCCUCAGCGCAGCAGGGGUCCCGGCGACGGGAGCCGUGGCGACGGGAGCCGUGACCACGCUCUUCGUUCUGGAGGUGGCGGGCUUACCCACGGAGAACGCCUCCAUCUUGUUCGCCGUGGAAUGGAUCCUAGACCGCCUCAACACGGUCGUUAAUGUCUGGUCGGACUGCGUCUGCGUGAAAAUUGUCGCCGCCCUGUCCAAAAGGGAACUGGAGGACGAACAGCAAGGAGAGCAGGUGGCGAGAGCAGACGCCGAGUGA